AUGGUUUCUAACAUUACGUUUUGUUUAUUUCAACGACAUUCUCAAAAUAUUGCUCGUAUGGUUCGUACAAAUCUUAAAAUGAACAUUACUUCGAAAAACACGCAGUAUUUUCCAACUUCUAGAUACUUUCACUUUACAACUCAAACCCAAAACUUUUCGUUAACUAAACAAAAACCUUUUUUUAUGCCAUUAAAACCUUCAUUUACUAAUUCAUAUCGAAAAUUAGUUUCUCCUGUAAAUGUAUCAGUUUUAGCAUUACGAAGAAAUUCUGUCAAAACAACACCACCUCAAACAUUCAUACCCGCUGCUACUACAACUAUCAAGUUUACCAAACCUAUUGUUGGAUAUUGGUUACUUGGUACAGCAGGAUUAGUCUUUGGAAUUGUUGUAUUUGGAGGUCUUACUAGGUUAACUGAAAGUGGACUUUCAAUUGUUGAAUGGAAACCAAUUACUGGCAUAAUUCCUCCCUUAACAAACGAUCAUUGGAAACAAGAAUUUGAAAAUUACAAACGAUUUCCAGAGUAUAAAUUGUUGAAUUAUGAAAUGACAUUGCCAGAAUUUAAAUAUAUUUAUUUCAUGGAAUGGACUCAUCGAGUUUGGGGCCGUGCUAUUGGUUUAGCAUUUAUUAUACCAGCAACAUAUUUCGGAUUUCGUGGGUAUAUUUCUAAAGCAACACUAAAUAAAGUCAUUGGACUUGGAGGAUUGCUUGGAUUUCAGGGAGUAUUAGGAUGGUACAUGGUUAAAUCUGGAUUGUCUGAAGAAUUGAUGGAAACUCCAAAUGCAGUUCCUCGCGUUAGUCAUUAUCGAUUAGCUGCACAUUUAGGAAGUGCAUUCCUGCUUUAUGCAGGUAUGAUUUUAACUGGAUUACAAGUUUUACAAGAUGCCAAACUUGCAAAUGGUACUUUUUCAAAAGCUGUUGCUAAAACGUUGGCUAAUCCGGCAAUUAAUACUUUUCGCCGAUUUGCAAUUGGCACAGCAGUAUUGGUGUUUCUAACUUCCAUGUCUGGUGCAUUGGUUGCUGGUUUGGAUGCAGGAUUGAUAUAUAAUGAAUUUCCAUAUAUGGGAAAAAGCAUUGUUCCGCCAAGGUCAGAGCUAUUUUCAAAAAAUUAUGCAAGACCUGAUGAUAGUAUUUUAUGGAGAAAUUUUUUUGAUAACCCAACAACUGUACAAUUUGAUCACAGAGUAUUAGGUGUAACAACACUUAGUGUAAUUACAACAUUAUGGUUUUAUUCAAGAAAAGUACCAUUACCACUACAAGCCAAACUUGCUGUAAAUUAUUUACUUGGUAUAGCAAGUUUACAAGUUAUUUUGGGAAUUAGUACUUUGAUUUAUAUGGUGCCGAUUCCUUUAGCAUCUGUUCAUCAAGCUGGAAGUUUAACAUUAUUAUCAUCUGCUUUGUGGUUAAUACAUACUAUGAGAAGAAUACCAAUUAAAAUAUAA